AUGGUGCCAGGAACGGCUGGCGGCGCCGCCCUCUACACCCCCUCCCCACGCCAGCCGGCCGGAAUUGUGACUUCAGCAAAUGAAGUCAUAAAGCCAGGAUUCCGGGCGUGGGAGGUGGGCCGGGGGUGCAGGACUCCUGGACUCCCAGAAGCCAGGCUGGCCGAAGAGGAGCACCCGUUUCCAAGCCCACUGGGAGGAAGCCUGCCCCUAAGACCAUGGUCAUGCGUGCUGCUGCCCUCUCUGGCUGAGGCUUCCCUGCACUCCUCAGGCCUGAGGGGAGGGGCCCUGAGCCGACCGGUGUCAGCGCCGUGCUCGUUUCCCGCGUUCGGCGUCCCUCACACGGGUCCUUCUCCCACAGGGGCCAGUGUCCUGCAGCGUCCUGACUGUGUGAAGCGAAGCUCCGGCCGAGGUGCUGCCUCUGAGCUAGUCCAGCCGAGCCAGCCGUGUUUCCGAGCCUGGCGCACGAAAGCAGUUCCAUGCCUUUUCCUUGACCUGGGGCAGGGCAGAAGAGAUGCUGCUGCUGCCUCUUUGAAACAAGUGGCUUCUCCAAACAGCCUCAGAUUUAGGACCGAAACCAACACCCUCUCCCCUCUAGCUGGAGGAAGGGACACAAUACGCAGGUACAGUUCUGGCCCCAGAGGUCAGAAUCCAGCUUCCUUUCUAAGGUCGUUACCAUUGCUUUUUCCUGUAAAGAGGGGCAAUAAUUCAUGGCAACAGAAGACAGCAAAAGUGAAAAAACAAAACCAAACCAAACCUUCGUUUUUCUGCCCCUUUUAUCUUAUUCAGACUACUUAAGGUGGGUAGUGCUUACAUCCUCAGUCUAGUACCCCCCCCCGGGCCUAGGGCUGCACCAUGAAUCGAACACACACUGUACAUUCAGCCACCUUUGAAAAAGCCCCACCUGAGACCACAGAGGCUUUGGGGUGACCUUAGAGCGGACUUGCUAGUAGGAGGUGGUAACUGGGUGUGAAUGUUGGGCCCAGAUCGCGGUACCCCAAAGACCACCAAAGAGUCGAGUCCGGUGCAACCACAAGAGGGGUUUAUUGCAAGC